AUGUCGGGCUCCGUUCAGAAAAACGUGAUGCUGGCGUCCAAGGGGUUCCCUCCAGCAUCGACCAUGCUCGGUCUACGCCGUGCCGUAGUAGCGUCCCCGUCCCUCAUCAGGCCGACCAUGGGCCUGGUGUGGCAACAACAAGUUCGUCUGCAGACCACGAAACCCGACACAAUACAAUUGAAAGUGAACAAGCCGGAAGAUGGUCUGAGGGAACUCGAACGCCAACGUCUCCAGCGACCUGUAGCGCCCCAUUUGUCCAUCUAUAAAUGGCAGAUUCACUCAGUCAGCUCCGCUAUGGAGCGAAACACUGGACUCCUGCUUUCUGGCGGCCUGUAUCUCUUUGCGACCUCUUACUUGGCCGCUCCCUGGCUGGGCUGGGACCUAUCCUCGGCGACCCUCGCUGCCUCGUUUGGUGCCUUGCCGGUGGCUGCCAAGGCUGGUAUCAAGUUCUUCUUGGCCUGGCCCUUUACUUUCCAUCUUUUCAACGGUAUCCGGUAUAUCGCCUCCUCUGCCGGGUACACAUUGACGAGCAAGCCCCAGAUUGUGAAGAUUGCAUGGGGCGUUGUCGGCUCAUCGGCGCUGGCUGCCAUUGGCUUGGUCGCUUGGGUUUGA